CAAUAAGGAUGUGUUAUACUGUACAACGAGUAUAUAUGGAGUAGUGCCAACUUGAUUUUAGGGACACGUUGGCUUGUUUAUAUUUAUUUUAGAUUUAAAUAUAACAAAUAAAAGAAAAAGAGUGUUCUUAUCAUGAAGAUGUGAAAUGAAAAUGUUUAAAUGAAUGGUGGAUAUAUUCAUCAGUAGCCGUAAUUUUUGCAACAGUGCCCAACCAUGAAUAUAAGGGAUUCUGUUUGUGUGUUAGGCGGCGUAUUACUUGGAUGUGGAAUUUCGUAUAAACUGUUCAGAGUACAGUCGGCCCAAUUGAAACAAUUACAAGCACUGGAUGCGCAUAUAAAACGAAUGGAAGAAAAGCAAUAUCAAGACGCAAAACAAACUAGCCUCAUAGCGGAUAAACUAGAAGAACAUACCAAAUACGAGAAGACCGUUACAGAUAAAUUAGAAGUAAUACAAACACAUCAAAAUGAACUAGGCAAAGCUGAGACAGAUGACAAAAAAGCGUUAGAAAGAAAAUUCGAAGAAAUCAUGACAUCCUUGAAGAAAGAAGGUGCAAAUAUACAUGAAAGAUCAAGAAAAUUGAACAUCCACUACAACGCCAGUCUUGAAUCCCAGCUAAAAUUACUAAAAGAGAAAUGCGACAGCUUAGAACAAUUUAUGAAAGACGAAGUUUAUAAAAUAUCAUUGAAGAUUGACAGUCUUACAGAAGAAACUCCACGGAUAGGCAGAAAGAUAGAAUCAAGUACUCAUGAAGAAAUUCCAGUUGAAGGUCAAGAUGAUAUAGAAGAAGACAGACCUAUAGGUCCACUUGAUGUGGAGGAAGACAGAGCGCUAGAUAUCUUUCGCUAUGACAUUUUAUUAUUACACGGGAAAAAAGACCAGAAUGAAGCAACUAAGUGUAAAACAUUCUUAAUGAAUAAUUUUACAAAUAUAUCAAAUCUACAAGUUGCACUACCGGAAGAUUUGUUUGAACCUGGAAGUCAACUCCUGCCUGGACUAAGUUCUAUCUUAGACUCAUGCAGACUAGUUUUUAUCUAUCAAACUAAAAGCCUUGAUUCAGAUACAGUUGCAGGUUAUGGGAAAGAUAUAAAUGUCAUUCAGUCACUGGAAGAUCCUCAGAAAGCAAAAAGAAUAAUCCCAUUGCAAGUGAAUGAAGAAAAAAUAUCAGUGGAAUUAUCCCCAAUUAUACAUUUAAAAUAUGUUAAUGACACAAAUCAUCGUCAGUUUCCAACUUUCAAAGAGAAGUUUGAAAAAUUAGUAGACUCUUGGAGAAAGACAUUGCGAUAA